AUGGAGAUGAGGGGGGCACAGAUAUUGGAGAUCCUCCUGCCAAGACCCUGGGAGGAAGCCAGGAAGAGAUGCCUGGCCAGGGAAGAGGUGAGCCCCAUGGGGAAAGGACUACUCACAGCUGAGGAGGUUAUUCAGAGACUUGGACUUGGAAAGGGCCCUGGAGAUGGUGGGGUCCAGUCCCGGAAACUGGCUGAGGAGCAUUGGAGCAAGAGACCGAAACCAGCCAUAGAGGAGGACGGGAAGGAGAGGGUUGAACAGUGAUCAGAAAGACAAAGAACAGGCGGUUUGGAAGAGCCAAGACCAUAAAUCGUAAUCGCUUGCAGACGCCGGUGCAUCUUGUCACUGAAUGUGGAGGUGGCUGGGCUGCCGAAGGUGCAACAGUACAAGUGCCUUGUUCUUUGUCCUCCAGCCACACUGGACUCCUUUCUAGCCCUUGAACCCACCAAGCUCUUUCCUGCCUCAAGGCCUCCGCUGGGGUCCCUUCUGCCUUGA